CAUCCAUUCCUCGUUUAAACGGAUCAAAAUCGUAGACGACGUACGUGAAUGCCAACGGAGUCCUCAAACCCAAAGAAAAACCUCGCGCGUUUUUAUUUCUUCCUCUGUUUGGUUGCCCAGAAAAUGCAAGAAAAUAAAGACCCCGCCAUCAGGCUCUUCGGCAAGAAAAUCUCCUUGCCUUCCGACGGAGAUAAUCCGACCGUCUCCGGAGACGACUUCUCGGUGAAUACUUCGGAAAAGGAAAAGUGCGGCAGAGUAAGAGGAGCAGAGGAGGAGGAAGAAGAAGAAGAAACAGAGAAGGAUCCACCUGCAGCAUAUCCGAAUACAGAAGAGCCUACAGAUUUGGAAACAUUGCCUGGUGCUAAUGUGAAUCCUAAAACACCCUCUAUAGAGGAAGAGAAAGCAAACGCAAAUACUGCCAAGACUGAGAAAGAACAGAGUGAUACAACCAACUCACAAGAGAAAACCCUGAAGAAGCCGGAUAAAAUUCUUCCAUGCCCUCGCUGCAACAGCAUGGACACAAAAUUCUGUUACUAUAAUAACUACAAUGUCCAUCAGCCGCGUCAUUUCUGUAAAGCCUGCCAAAGAUACUGGACUGCAGGCGGUACCAUGAGGAAUGUGCCGGUCGGAGCUGGACGCCGUAAGAACAAGAACUCCGCCUCACAUUAUCGCCAAAUCACCAUCUCUGAUGCUCUUCAAGCGGCUAGAAUGGAUGCUUCAAAUGGAACUCACUACCCCACAUUGAAAAGCAAUGGCAGAGUCCUCAGCUUUGGAUUAGAUGUACCCAUAUGUGAUUCCAUGGCUUCUGUUUUAAGUCUUGCAGACAAGAAGGUUUUGAAUGGUGCCCGGAAUGGAUUUCAUAGCUUUGAGGAGCAAAGAAUUCCAGUUCCUGGUAAAGGUAGAGAAAAUGGUGACGAUUGCUCAAGCGGAUCUUCUAAUAUCACAGUUUCAAAUUCAAUGGAGGGAGGGAAACAUUGCCCUCCAGAACCAUUUGCUCAAAACAUUAAUGGCUUCCCUCCUCAAAUCCCAUGUCUCCCUGGUGUUCCCUGGCCUUAUCAAUGGAAUUCUGCAGUACCUCCACCAGCUCUCUGCCCUCCUGGGUUUCCUAUGCCAUUCUAUCCGACAGCUUAUUGGAACUGUGGUGUUCCAGGCACUUGGAACGUUCCUUGGCUGUCUCCACAACCUUCUCCAAACCAAAAGUCUCCAAGCUCGGCUCCACAUUCUCCAACGUUGGGGAAGCACCCAAGAGAUGGAGACAUGCUUAAACCAGACAAUUUGGAGAGAGAGGAGCCGCCAAAACAGAAAAACGGAUGUAUUUUGGUUCCAAAAACUUUGAGGAUUGAUGACCCAAGUGAAGCUGCAAAGAGUUCUAUAUGGGCAACGCUGGGGAUCAAGAAUGAAUCCAUCUGUGGGGGAGGCAUGUUUAAGGCCUUUCAAUCGAAGGGUGAUGAGAAGCAUCGCAUAGCUGAAACUUCUGCAGUGUUGCUGGCAAACCCUGCAGCCUUGUCUAGAUCCCUCAACUUUCAUGAGAACUCGUGAAGUGGUAGCUUAUGAUGUAACUUUGAUUCAGGUAUAAAGCAUGACGUUGGAUUCAACUUAGUUUGGAGCGAGUUUGAAGCACUGACAGCCAUCCAGCAUACUUCACUUUGCAGACAAAUUCCAACAAAACUGGAGGCCAGGGGUUUUCUCACAAUGCUAGGCAAUUAAGUAGGAACUAAUUUUGUCUUCUUGUAACAGUAAUGAGCAGGUGCCUUUUGGUGCCUUUUGAUGUACUUAGUUUGUUCAGUUCGUGUACAUGUAUAUGUAUAUAAAUCCAAGUGUAUGGGGCUAAAAUUUUCAUACA